CCCCGCCUCCCGGCAAGCCCUGCCUGUCCAGUCCUAGCUCCUAGUCACACGACACUACCGGACACUAUCUGAUGUGUGGAUGGCUGACGUUGUCAACCUCCCUGGUAUCUUGACGUUCGUGAUACGUUCGAGACCUCGCAAAUGAAGUCGAUACCAUUUCUUGAGUUACAACUUCAUCCACCCAGCCUCUGCACCCAGACUCGCGCAUAUUUGCGCCCUGGAAGAUGUCACCCGCAAGUAGAGCAACUAGAGAUUCCGAAAGAAGGAAGCUGAGGCGAACGACAAACGCAUGUAUUAGCUGUCGACAAAGUAAGAUCAAAUGCUCUGGCGAGCAGCCGUGCGCAAAUUGCCAGCGGCGUUUAAUGAAAUGCGAGUACUCGGAAGGAACAAACAUCACGGUCAACACCGAGAGUUCAGGGCGGCAAAGGCUUGGCUCAGAACAACAAUCGACACCAAGAAGCAAGCGGUCUCGCGGUGAAGCAUUUGGAUCCGAUGACGAAGACUAUAAUUCUCAGUCGGUUGAGUGUAGGUCAUCUCAGUUGCAUGACUCUUCUGAGUGCGUGUACACAAGCCCUUUCACGUUGCCCUCUACGACUAUCAAGAACACCCACAAGAACAAACGCAAUUGGAUUUGGCUAGCUCCAUCAUCAACAUGGUCUUUCACGGCCCGUCUCACGCUAAUGAUGGCUGAGAGACUCCAGGUUGAAACCCCAUUCAGUGCGCCUAGCUUUCUCAAUGACGAGAUAUAUCCCUUGAGGUGGAAAGCCUCGACGGUAAAUGGACAACCAGACAUCAGUGGACUUCCAUCCAUCGACCAUGCUAUUUAUCUCUUCAACACCGUAAAGUUUCAUCUUGGCCAGAAUUAUCAACUUAUUGACGAGGCAAACUUCGUCAAAAAUCUAGAAGAAUUCUACUACGGCCUGGCAUCCAAGAAAGCGGCAGAGUCACCUCUAUGGUUUGUACAAUUCUUACUCGUCUUGUCCUUUGGGCAAGCUUUUCUUUCACGGUCAAAGGACUCAAAGGAACCGCCUGGUGCAAAGUUCUUCGUUCGGGCCAUGGCGCUGCUACCAGAGCCGAACGCCCUGUGGAAAGACAGUUUGCUAGCCAUCGAGGUGUUGGCCCUGGCAGGUCUCUAUCUGUAUUCGAUUUAUCAGAGAGAAUCUGCUCAAUUAUACAUCGCUCAAGCGAUUCGGAUAGCUCAACUGGAGGGGCUGCAUACCCAACUUCCUGAGGAUGCACUCGGGACUCAAGCAGUUGCUCGUUGCCGCAAUCUCUGGUGGACUUUGUACAUUAUGGAUCGACAUUUCUCCUGCUCAGUCGGUGUCCCCAUGAAUACUCAAGACGCAGACAUAACGACUAUGCUUGAUCCCCCGAGUAUAUGCUCUCAGCGUGAUGCAACGCUUGGCCUCCAAGUCAAGCUCUCGCGUUUGCUAUCAUCAAUCAUUACUACUAUCUACAGAUCCGAGAAGACUCCACUUGGGGAUUUUCUUACUUCGACAAAAUCUAUCCUCCACACCUUGGCUGGUCACGCACAGGAGAUUGAGAGAAUAACUCGAUUCAAGUUCCAAAACUCGGUGGAUGCUAUGCCAAAAGGAACAAGAAGCAUUACCUUGUUAUACCAUCAGUGUGUUAUCAUGGCUACAAGGCCCCUUUUUCUAUCCGCCUUGAAACAAGAGCUGGAGAGCUUUGGAUGGGGUGGAAGAGACCCAAAAACUUUCUCUCCGCCCUUGAAGACUCUGGUCGAGACGGGUAUCAAAUCAGCAGUGAAGACACUUCAAAUUCUGUCUGGGGAUGACAGUCUUUUAGAGGUCUUUCUGCCAUUUGAGUUAGAGUAUGCUUAUGGAGCUGCCAUACACUUGACAAUGGCCAACGCACUCUUUCCAGCGGUAAUAGGCGUCGAUGGAGCGGCUCGGAUGGAACAGACACAUGCCAUAUUGGAUGACAUGUUUAGCAAAGGAAACCUGGUGGCCGAAGUUCGCAAGGCAGAGCUGGUCCAUUUGGAGAGUUUGUUUCGCAAAUUCACGCGGCGGGUACGCGACCAAGACUUUGGAGAUUCUAUCCUAUCAACUGCUAGAACGCUCAAUGGGAUACUAUCGGGCUCGAUUGAAGCAAUCAUCGAUCCAAGCACAUCUCAGACUUUCGUCAAUGAAUCUGACCUAGUAUCUACGACGACGUUGAGUGAGUCGCAACCGCUCGCGAGUGUUAUUUCGGAUACGCCGGAUAACACCGAGUUUCUCGAGACUAUCGGUAUCUCUUCGGAUGAUUUCCUUUCAAUUGUAGAACUGAUGGGGAGUGAAGAUGAUCUUCCAUUCUCAAUGUUGGACUUGGGACAAUUUUGGAAGUGAUCAGUGGCGCGCAGGAGGCAGGAACUUCUAGGUCCGCUAGUGGAUACCAAAACCGAUCAGACUCUCUUGAACUACAUGUAGUUUCUCAGUCUCAUUGUAUAAUACAUUAUUGAUUAACGCCAUCUUCGUCAUUAACUAAAAAAUACCUUUGAUCGCUAUAA